AUGGAAAAUGAUGAUAACAGCGUGGACAAUGUAACUGUCAUUGCUACUGAUUACAUAACUUCACUUGGGUCAUCAACAUCUUAUUUGUUUGCCGUGAAAUCUACCGAAACACCCUUCUCACGCAUCGCCUACCACCACCGUCUGGUUGUCUCUUCCUGCUUAUUUUUCAUCAUUGUCUUGGGUCUCUUUGGAAAUUCCCUCGUAAUCGUCGCCGUUACCGUAUCUAAGAAGCUCCAGACGACCACCAAUAUCUUGGUGGUCAAUCUCACCGUGGCCGACCUGUUUACGUGUCUCAGCCUCCCAUUCAUGGUUGUGGGCCUGCUUGCUCAAGGCGAGGAGUACCCUCUCCCUGAGAUCGUCUGCUCAAUCGUCUCCGGACUCAAUUCGCUAUGCCUUGGGGUAAGCGUCAUGACCCUCGCAGCCAUAGCGUUCAUACGAUGGUAUGUCAUCUCUAAAUCAAUACGUGGUCAUCGCGGGCUUCAUACGCCAAGAAAAAUCGGCAUGGUCGUUAUCGGAAUCUGGAUGUUGGGCAUCACCAUCACGGCCCUUCCGGUUUCGUUGGGAAUCGGGGAAUUAGGUUAUUCCCGGUAUUACAUGCUUUGUAGCGUCACCGAUACGAACCCUUUCCGAUUCUACUACGUCCUGCUCCAGGCAGCUGCCAUAUUCGUCGUAUUGGUCAUCACAGCAGUCUUCUAUGCUCUCAUCAUGAUCCAUGUCUUGCGUCAGACCCGCCAGUUUCAGAAGAAAUUUGCAGACGACAGUAGGUCCACCGGGCCGAAGGCGGCCUCAUCCCAAGCCAACGCAGAUUCCAGAGCCAUGCAGACAGCCUUCAUGAAGCGCGAAUAUGAAAUCACAAAAAAUCUCUUCAUCGUUGUCUGUAUCUUCAUGGUCUGUUUGAUCCCGAGUAUUGUCAAUUUCAUCAUACCGGGUACCAGUGUCCUCACUCUCUACGGGGCGAUGGUUCUAGCAGCCAACAGUUCUAUCAAUCCAAUCAUCUACGCCCUCAAACAUCCAAACUUUCAAGAAGCAUUCAAGAAAGUCAUUUGCUGCCGCACAGUCGAUCCCCAUAACCCUGGCACCUCUAAACCACGCACGACAGCAACAAACCGUAUGUAG